AUGGCCGAUCAGCUUACAUCGUCAUUCAGUAAAUGUAAACAGAAGCUUGAAAAUCUUUGGAAAUCCGAUUAAUUACAGCUUGGACUGACGAUCAAAUGUGUGUUUUGAAAAUGGGAUCAUCUUGUCCAAGCGGAUUCACCGAAGAUCUCAUCAAACUGUCAGUCCAGACCGAUGUUAAUCCCAAGGUGAGGACAUAGAAUCAGGAAUCAUUGUGUUGAAGGGUCUAUUUUUGUGCCUUCAAAUAAUCGUUGAUAGAAGAUAGGGCAGAGGAAGAAAGAAGAGAUUGAAAAGGAUUAGCAUAUCCUUUUUUGAGAGGUCACAUUCUCAGAAACAAGAAUUGAGCUUUCUGUGGAAACUUUGUUCGUAAUACGUCAUUUCACCGGAAAAUAAUCAAGCAAGACCGUAAACUAGACCACUGAUAAGACUUUAGCGUUCUGAUGUCACAAUCCAAUUUCCUUUGCGAACUUUCAACUUUUUCAGGACACGGACCGAUAUGGUCAGCAGUUGAUCGUGAUGGGAAAGGCUGGAGGGACAUCUUUGGAACGGAAUACGUACGAUUCCCUAUACACGCUCACUAUCACUACGUGCUGCAAAUAA